AUGUCGGAUCCACGUUGCGUAGAGGCUGUUCGGAAGGUAUUUGGUGAAUUGGAUAUUCCUGCCAUCUACUCUGCCUAUGAAGAUCGGACUCGAGUCCGUAUCCUUGAGAUGAUAGAUUCAAUGUGCACGGAGGAGGAGGCAAAGGACGAUGGUUAUUUUUCCAGUCCGGAUGCCACAAAAUUACCAAAGAAACUCUUUGUUGAACUCUUGAAUUUAUUCUACCGUCGAAAGAAGUGA